UAUUUGGAGCGCUUGUCCGCACACAAUCUCCUGUGCCGCAUCAGGCUAGGGUUUUUGGGCAUUGCCUUCUCACUUCGCACUCGCGAGGCUACUGUCUGGGUAGUGACAUAAUGGCGUCUUUGAAUCCUUUCGAUCUUCUCGGCGACGAUGACGCCGAGGACCCAACGCUGCUCCUUGCCGCGCAGCAGAAAGCCUCUUCUGCGGCGCCGGCUGCUGUGCAGCCAAAGAAAGCUGCGGGCGCGGCUCAGCCUGCGGCGAAAGCCGCCGCUAGGUUGCCAUCCAAGCCUCUACCUCCGGCGCAGGCUGUCAAGGAGUCUAGGAAUGAAGGAGGGCGGGGUGGACGUGGAGGCGGCCGUGGUCGUGGUGGUCGAGGAUUUAACAGAGAUUUUAUUGACAAUGGAAUUUCUUUUGGCAGCAAUGGAUUUUCUGAUGGUUACAAGCCUUCAGAUGAAGGUGAUGGUGGAAGAGCUCCUUCUGAAAGGCGCCCAUAUGGUGGUCCCCGUGGAGGUGGGGGAUUCCGUGGUGGUCGACGUGGUGGCUUCAGUAAUGGGGAAAGUGCUGAUGGCGAGCGUCCUCGACGAACAUUUGAUCGUCGCAGUGGAAGUGGACGUGGUACUGAGAUAAAGCGCGAUGGUGCUGGCCGUGGAAAUUGGGGAGCACCAAGCGAUGAGAUAGCCCCGGAAACUGAAGAACCUAUUUCUGAAGAAGUGAAGAAUGCUGAUGCUGAGAAGCAAUCAGGACUAGAUGAUGCUGGUGAUGCCAACAAGGACUCUUCUCCAAAUGAAGCGGAGGAAAAGGAGCCCGAGGAAAAGGAGAUGACUUUGGAGGAGUACGAGAGGUUACUCGAAGAGAAGCGAAAGGCACUGCUUCCUCAUAAAUCUGAGGAGAGGAAAGUCGAGCUGGACAAAGAACUCAAAUCUAUGCAACUUCUGAGCAACAAGAAAAAUGACGACGAGGUUUUCAUUAAAUUGGGUUCCGAGAAGGACAAGCGCAGGGAGGCUGCUGAGAAGGCCAAGAAGUCUGUAAGCAUAAAUGAGUUUCUGAAACCAGCCGACGGGGAGAACUACAGAGCAGGUGGGCGUGGAAGAGGCCGUGGCCGCGGUGGUCGAGGGGGUUUUGGAGGAAGCAGCUACCACAACAUGCCGGCCCCGGUUAUCGAGGAUUCGAUGCAGUUCCCGGCCCUGGUUGCCAAGUAAGGAGUGACUGACUGUAUCCCAUCUGAAAAACUAGAGUGGUUUUGAUCAUUUCUGUAAAUUUUGGUAUGCCGCUAAAGUGCUAUGGUGCACUGCACUUCACUUUGAGACCAUCAUCCUCUCGCUUAUUGUCCCUUUCAGCAUUUUGUUUUCAGUUAUUUCUUCGGAUAAUCCCUUUUUUUUUUCUUUAACGUUGGACUUAUUGAUAUAAUAACAUUUUUGUUCGUGCAUUUUCUCCUA